AAAUUCCCUGUCAUUACUCGAUGCAUACCGAACUGAUCUCAAUAUUUCAUUUAAGUUACAUGCGUGUUUGCUUGUGACUUACGAAGAGACAUCAUGCUGUACCUGCCUAAAUAACGUUUUCGGUAAUGCUGCUAUAUUACAGCUGUAAUAUAAAUAAGUUAUGUCUAGUGAUGUGAUAUGUCUGCGCGUUCAUGAUAAAGUACUCGCCCUUUGUAAAUGUAUUUCGGUGAGUUACAUUUAUGCUUGCUUCAAGUUACACUCUUCUCGUAUUGCUGACUCGAAGGAUUUCUUUUAAAAAAAUUCGUCAUCAAUUGUCAUGUGCCAGGUGCCUAGAAAGCAGCUGGCAAGAUGGGCAAGUUGUUGUCAAAGAUCUUUGGCAACAAGGAGAUGCGAAUCCUUAUGCUAGGAUUGGAUGCUGCUGGGAAAACUACGAUACUAUAUAAACUUAAACUAGGACAGUCUGUAACAACUAUACCAACUGUAGGAUUCAAUGUAGAGACAGUUACCUAUAAAAAUGUUAAGUUCAAUGUUUGGGAUGUUGGUGGACAAGAUAAAAUACGUCCACUUUGGCGUCAUUAUUAUACUGGAACACAAGGACUUAUUUUCGUAGUAGAUUGUGCUGACAGAGAUCGAAUAGAUGAAGCCCGUCAGGAGCUUCAUCGAAUUAUAAAUGAUAGAGAAAUGCGAGAUGCUAUUAUUUUAAUCUUUGCAAAUAAACAAGAUCUUCCAGAUGCAAUGAAACCACAUGAAAUACAAGAAAAACUGGGUUUAACUAGGAUACGAGAUAGAAAUUGGUAUGUGCAGCCAUCAUGUGCCACAACUGGAGAUGGGCUUUAUGAAGGCCUUACAUGGUUGACCAGUAAUCAUAAAUUAUGAGCAAAUAUUUAUUUUUCAUCAGUUAGCCACAUACCAAGAUGUACGUUUGCUUUGUAUUGUCAUUUUUAUUUAUCAUGUAGAGGCUCUGUAACAAAACUGAUAAUGAUCAUUAUGAUCCAUAAGACAGAGAGCGAAAGAGAGAGAGAGAGAGAGAGAGAGAGAGAGAGAGAAAAUCAUUUCCAAUGUACUACAGCAAACGUAAAGUAACCAUUAACAUCAAAUGGUGCGUUUCAGUAAUAUUAAUACUAUAUAAAUAGAAAUUUAUCAAAGUACCAAAAGAUAUAGACUUUGUUACUAACUGUUUACUAAAGUCCGUGAAAAUAGUUAAUACAACAAUAUUGAUUAGAUUAUCACAUCCAACAUUUUACUAUAAUUUAUAUAUAUAUUUGCGUACAUAUCCCGCAUUACGGGAUACUAAUUAUAAGAGAAUACAAAAAGUUGUAAGAGCUACUUAUGAGAUUAAGAGAUACAUUCAGAAAAAGUAUCUUUACAAUUUGAAAUUAUCAUUUAUGCAAUAGUUAAUUUAAAAUAUCGUCCAGAAUAAUUGGACAUAACAUUCAUUCAUCACUGGUUGUUAUCCAUGCUAUGUAAUAUGUAUCACACAUGAUAUUUAUACAUAUAAUCCCACUGAUAUAUGUGAGUAAACAUUCAAAGCACUUACAUUAAUGACUUUAUACAGCACAGAAAUAUUCCUUUGAUAAAUUUUUGCUAUCAAUCUCAUUUUUAAAAAAUAUUCAUAGUGACAGAUAGUUCUUUUUUUUUCUUUUUUUAAUAAUCGUCUUCCAUUUGAGUCAACUUUUUAUGCAUAUCAGUCGACUUUUCUUUUUUCGAAAAAGAUGAAAAGGAGAAAAAAAGUGCAACUUCUGACAUUGUGUAUUUUUUUGUGCUUUAACUUCGAUUGAAACGCAUUAGAUGUACAAACGUACACUUAUACAUACAUAAAUGGAGUUGUUCUGUACGCACAAAUGGUAAGCUACUGGGUUUGAUAUCAUGAGCUCAAAAGAAAGAGAGAGAAAAAGGAAGAAAAUAGAAACAAUGUUACUAAUAACGUAACAGCAUUAUAUCUGCCAAUAUUUUUUACCAGUUAAGCGAUCGGAUUACGCAGAACUAGAAUUAGGUCACAGAGAAAAGAGCCAGACAGUGUUCUAUGUGCGUCUUAUUUCAUUUCCUUUUGAUAAUAAGAUGUAGAAUAAGAAUGAUAUACAUAUUUAACAAUAUUUGCUAUUAACUAAACAAAACGAAUAUUUCAACAUAAUUCAAUUCUUUCUUUUCUACAAGCUUCAUAUUUACAUAGCGAUUAAAAGUAGAGUAACGAUGGUAUACGUUAUUCUAUCGCUCUGUUUCUAUGUCAACAUUUGAUUUGCAUUCCAUGAUAUAAUAUAAAUUAGGGUAUUAGUAUUUUAACAAAUUGUAUUACUUUACCGCAGUAAUAAUUAAUACAAAUAUAAUAAGUUUGUCAGAUUCUUUCUCUUGGCAUCCGUACCAUUAAUGUUAAGUAUUGUAUUUUGGUGAGAACUAAUGUGCAAGAUAAAUUAGCUCAUAUUUAAAAGCAGUACACAGAUUUUGGAAAGAAAGCAAUAGACUGUUCUUUCGAGGUGUAUGUGCUAGUAUUGAGCAGUGCUCUAUGUAUAUGUUUAUACUCACUAAAUUCGUUCGUAUAAGAAGGUUUAUAAUAUUGUGUCAUAUUUGUUUCUUUUAGUUGUAAUUGAAAACAAAAGAAACGUAACAGUUGUAACUAAAAUAACUUUGUUAAAAAAUAGUUAUUUUUUAAAGAGAACACACACGUUUUAAUAUUACAAAAGAGCAAAUAUAUUUUGGCAAUAAACUUUAUUUGAAUGAAUUAAACAUUUAUAAUUGAAUUAAAUCGAAUGUUGAAAUUUUAUUGAUCAUAGAGUACACGUUUUAUUAGUAAAAUGUCUAAAGUUUGAAAUGAAAUGAAUCCUGUAAGCAGAUAAUACAUAAUUUGAAACAAAUAUUUUUAGUAAUUUUUUAAUAACAAAGCGAGUUUUAGCUAGCAGUAAUAUAUUUAUUCAUUCUUCAUUCAGUGUGAAAUAACAAAAGCAUUUAUAGUCAAGAUACUGAAUUUAGGUUUAAAAAUGAGCAGAAAGAAAAAAAAACAAGGCGUAUGCGUUUUUCAUUAUAGUUAGAGCAUACGUUUUUUAACGCAAUACUAAUAAAUAACAUUGUCAAAUAGGCUUAUUGUCAAAGUAAGCAUUUGGUAUCAUCAUAUUUCCAUUGUUUAGUUCACACAUAUAUGUAUCAGCUACAUUUUCCAACGAUUUGUUUUAACAGGGGCCAUUCAGAAUGCAGGGCUCGAUAUAAAACGCUUUGGAGUAAGGAAGAAAUUGGUUACUUCAAUACAAUUAUCAGCGUUUCUUAACGUUUACACUUCAUGGAUCGUGUUCUUUGUUUCAUAAAAAUUAAAAGGAUAAUAUAUAAAGGCCAUAUUUCAUACGUAAUUUAACUCCGUAGACGAAAGAAUAGAUAAAUUUAGAGAGCACAACUGUCUUUUAAUCUUAAACAAAGUUUACUUAAAGUAGAUACGAUCCAUAUAGAUAAAAGAAAUUGGGAAACGCUGACCCAUAAUACUAUUAGCCAGAGAAUUCUCAAUGCACCAUUAUUAACCAAUUUUAUAAUUACAUAGUCAUUAAAUAAAAAGGAACGAAACAUUUUUCAGUCAUAUUGGAAUAUUAUUUAUGAAAGAGUAUUUUCAGUUAUUUCUCUAUUUUGAAAAUGGUAGUAUAAAGCAGAUUAUAGAUAAUCAUACAAUGAACUAAUUAAUCGCUUUAUAUGAAUUUUCGAAUGGUGUAAUAGUUAAAAACAAACACAUUCCUCAAAACGAAGUUGAAUGUUAAAAUACGAAUAGUAAUUAGAGGUGCAAUAGAAUUUUUUGGUUUUUAGUACAAAUAAAGGAUAUAAAAAUAUAUGAUAAAUGUAAUGCUACAUUGAAUACUAUAUAGAUAAAUAACAAUAAUUUUUACAAAAUUGGAAACCGAUGAAUCCAGCAAAAAUGUACUUGUAUAUUAUUAUUAUUAUUUGUAUAAUAAAGACACCUUUAAAUUAUAAAA